UUGAUGUGAUUGGUUGUUGAAUGGCUGAGUUUGAGAGGCGCAUCUCUUGCGAUCAUUUCUUUAACACUAACCAUGCACCGUUUGAUGUUCUUUAGACUGGAAAGUGCUUGAGAGGGUCCAUGCAGUGUUUGAUCUCGUUCCGGCAACAUGCUCGUGCUGCUUAGCACACUGUGGCUCGCCUGUGCGGUUUUCCGAAGCCAAGCCAUCAGUUGCUGCCGAAGUGCUACUGAUUUUGGUGCUUGCAAACAUCACUGUAAUGAGUUGGAGUCCGAAACAGACGUAAGUUUACGCUAUGAGAAGCUCCGUGAUCUCCCGGCUUACUGUCCCGGACAUUUGAUCUCUUUCUGGCGGUGCCUUAAUGUUUCAAAUCCAGGAAUCGGUAUAUACAUUGGAACACACCCAUCAAACUAUGCCAAAACCUGUUGCCUUCUUCCUUCAACGGAAAAAUGUCGGAAAGCAUGUCGUGAAAGAAGGCCAGCAGAUCUGAAGAAAACAUGUCCAGAGGCAGAAGAGGGUUCCAUGUACCGUUGUUUGGACAGACAUCAAGCAUCAAGAAAUUGUUGCAGUAGUUCUCCACAGAUCAGUCAAAAGUGCAGACGGUCAUGCCAAGUGGUGUUUUCAUCAGAGCUUCAGCCAUCAAUUCAAAUGGGGACAAAUGUGCAAAAGUUUUGUGCAAAACAUCAACAAGUGGUUUCCUGUGUCAAAAGACUGACCUCUGAUGUGGUACCCUGUGCUGAACAAGGAUUAGAUUCUAAGCCAGAAGCUUUAAAAUGUUGCACAAAACUGAACUCUGAUGAUACUAUAUGCAGGAGGACAUGCCAAAAGGAUCUCCAAUCACAGAAAAGUGCAUCCAUGCUGAUUUCUAGUCUUGUUGCAGCAUGUGGAGAUCCCCUAGCCAAAAACAACUUGGAGCGAGAUGAGUUUUGGAAUUGCCUUCUUGCUAGCUCAGCGAAAACGCCAGCUCCAGUUUGUCCCAAUGGAACACCACCACCUCCAAAACCAAGAAUUGAUGGGGCAAGACUUCAGUGUUGCUCAAAAGCAAAAACUAGUGUUUGCUGGGAACAAUGUGUCCAGAGGUAUACCAGGAAGAGGGGAAAGGUACAAAACUGGCGUAAAUUUGAUGAGAGCUGUACCUAUAAUCCUAAAGAGAUCAGCAUGAUGAACUGCUUAGCUGAUGUGACAGAGCCAUGUCAGUUGGGUUGCUCAGGUCUCAGUUUUUGUACAAACUUCAACAACAGGCAUACUGAGUUGUUUCGCAGCUGUAACAGCAAGUCUGACUUUGGAGCUAAAAGUCACAUGCAGGAAUGGAAAAAAGGUGUCAUUCACAUGCCCAAUAUUGUUAUUCCAAUACGGGACAUCAAGAAAUGUCUUCCUGAAACAUGGAAGGCCAUUGCUUGUGUGCUUCAGAUCAAGCCAUGCAGUGUCAAAUCUCACAGAAGUACCAUCUGCAAGCCUGACUGUGUGCAGAUCCUAAAACAGUGUAGCAAUUCCAGUGCAACAUUAGCAGCACUAUCGCCCGAAGAAGUUUGUAAAGAACUUUCUCCUCCUGAGAAAAAGGCUCCCUGUAUCUCUCUUCAAGAAUACCUUGUACCCAGCAAGUACACUGAUAUUACAGACGAAGUGACUCACCCAUGCAAUCCAAACCCAUGCAAAGAGAAUCAAGAUUGCGACAUCAACAGAAGUUGCUAUGGAGCGCUUCUUGACAGGUGUCAAUCACACACAUGUGUACCAGGUUGUCCUCUGGGUGAUGCAUCAAGUUUCCUUGUGCGAGUCGGAGAAUAUGCAAGGGUACCUGUUGUGUCUGGUAGAGAAGGUUGCUUCAGGAUGUGCCACUGUGAUGGGACUUCCAAACUCAGCAAUUGUAGAAUCCUGGAAUGCAUUGAGCCUAAGGAGUGCAGAUUUAAGGGAAAGGUUAAAAAUAACGGCGAAACUUUCAGAGAUGAGUGCAACCUAUGUACGUGUUUUUCGGGAGAGCUGACUUGCACUAAGAGGAAUUGUCCAGAGUCUGUUCUAUCACCAGAGUACAAUGCUAGUCGGCCCAAACGCAAUCGAACACCAGAUAACGUUUCUACAGAUACAGACACCAUCAGUACUUUGCCUUGUGGCUGUAAGAAUGUCUAUAAUCCAAUGUGCGGUAGUGAUGCCAAGACUUACCCCAAUCCUUGUGUGGCACGGUGUCUUGGGUUGCCUCCCACUCGGCUAACGAAAGGCAACUGUGCUUCCAUUGAUCCUUGCGAACCGAGCCCCUGCGCUGCUGAUGAAAAGUGCAUUGUGGAAAGAAAGACUUGUUUGUCUAUCACUGAUCUGUGUGUUCAAUAUUACUGCGUAUCAGAGGGAAAAUACUGUAGCGAUCUCCAGUUGGACCCAGUCUGCGACUCGGAAAACAAUCAGCAUCCAAACCUCUGCUCGUUGCAGUUCAACCGCAAGACGCUGGCGUACAGAGGGUUCUGCAAGGAUGAAUGCAAACCUCCCUCCCCUGCCGUGUGCGGUGUUAACGGGGAGACGUACUCCAGCACAUGCGCAGCGCGCUCAGCAAGAGUGAUAGUUGAUUAUCAAGGACGGUGUAAAGCUGUAGGGACUGGACUUAAUCAUGACGACAAAUCACGUUGUGAGAGUGUCACGUGUCCUGAAAUAAAACCACUUCACUGCAAAGGGGUCGUACCCCCAGGGGCCUGCUGCCCACACUGUGCCGCUGAAGUUCGAGUUUUAUAUAGUUUGAAACAGUUGGCAUAUAACCGAGAAGGAUUUAGUAGAUAUGAGUCAGUUACACUGGAACAAGUAUUUCAGAUCCUUCGGCGGCACAUAUCUACGACUGAAUGUGAUUUGUUCGGAUAUCACAGCGUUGAAGGCGAUUUAGUGGUUUUAGUGAUGGCUGUUACGGCAAAGCCGACAAAACUUCAGGUGGAAGCCUGUAAUCGCGAGGCGCAGAAGAUUGAAGCUCUUAUUGAUACUGGAACACCGUCAUUCACGUCCGACAUGGUGCUUUCCGCUCUCAAAGCAGCGCGAUCUCGAGUGCCUACGUUAUCAAAUAAGCCGGAUAAACCGGUUUCCGACUCACACAAAAAUAAAGUGAGUCGGUUAAACAGUGCUUUAACUGCAACUAUACUGCCAAUCAUAAUGUUACCUGUCAUGCUACGAACGGGUAGAAGUUAACAGUAGAUAUCCUACAGAGUAUUUUUAUGUAAAUGCAAUGAAAUUUCGUCAGUACAAAGAUAAAUUAUUGUAUUUUUGAAGAAUGAAAAUGUUUUUGUAGACAUGAAAAUGGUUCGCAGUAUCUUAGUGCACGCCUUGUAGUGGGAUUUGCCAUACCGCUAACACUUCCUUGCUUUGUUUACUCGGACCUCAAGUAAACAAGAUGGAGAAUAUUGAAAUUUAACGUAGCUCUUGUAAAGUAUCGUAUAUACCGUUGAAUUUCUGAGCAAAUUUGCUGCACAGGUAUUUGAAUUUUUCGUCUCUCUAAACAAGGCAAAAAGAGAGCACAAAAGGUUGUGUCUAUGUUUUUUAACAGGAGAAAAAAACUCGUACUUUUUGAAGCGCUUUUUCUCAGAGAAGCACGUUAUUUUUCUCUGUGUUAAGGUCACAAUAUUUUGCGUUGAGUUUGAUCUGACUUUUUGAAGGAAGUAAAAAAGCAUAUUCAGUCCAAUUUCGAAGCCGAUCGUAUUAUUUGAGUUUUGAAAUAGUCCCUUCGGAUCACUACGUGUAAAGUAAUAUAUAUAUAUGUGUGUAUGUAACUCGUUAAGGUUUGUACAAUGUCUUCAAGAAUUGUUCAGACUGAACUUUAAAAGCUCUGACCCUUGCUGUUGAGUUAUUCAUCAUUAAAUGAAUCGUUUAACUCGUUUAUGCUUCAAAGAGACUAAUGUGUUAAACAAAUGUUUAAAUGUAGCAUUGAUGUGUCUUAUCACGCGAAUCACAUUGGUAUAUUGCGUGACAAUCUAGUCAAACGUUUUGUUGCAGUUCAGUUUUUCUCUUUUCAAGCUUGUUCACUCCAAAUGUCUAAAUAAUAUAAAAAAGACUUAAUAUUUAUUUUAUUCGUAAGGAAAAUACCAUUAAUAUUACAAGUACCUUGGUUAAAAAAAUACAUCUUGUAUAUAAUAUUGUCACCCAAAUAUAUCUGACAAAUUCUGUAAAUAUAGAAAUUAAGAUUAAGUUUCUUAAAAAACACGGGUACAGGUAUUAAAAAACACGUUUUAUACA